CUUAUUUAUUGCCCGGGUGAAUAGUAUAUUUACUACUAUUCGUUCCGCUGCUGCUGCUAAUACUACGACUUGAAGCUAAACCCCCGUCGAGUGACAGUUGCAGACGAAGCACUCUGGUAAAUGUACUGCAAAUAUCUGUCCUCAUACUGUACUAGGAAAUCAUAAAUUACUUGAAAGGGGUUACCAAUUUACAGCUGAGGGCACCGGAGCAUUGUAACACAAAGUGCUUUGCUCAAGGACACAAAGUACCACCGGGUCUGGAAAUCGAACACAUGAUCUAGCAAUUAUUACGCAGUCCAGCAUGCGCCGUUCAAGCCUGCCAUGUUAAGGCUAAGUGGAUUGUCAAAGCCGCAGAGGUUAAUCCUAGGUGUGGUAGUGCUUUUGGUUGUCAAUAUCUUAUGGGUGGCCUCAUCAGAAUUCACUCAGUAUAUCUUUAAACAAGAGCAUUACAUCAAGCCAUUUUUCAUAGCAUAUGCAAAGUCUGCAAUGUUUAUGGUAUACCUGUUGGGUUUCCUGGUUUUGAAGCCCUGGAGACAACAAUGCAGCAGGACUAGCAAAACUCUUCCUAGAUUUGAACCUGUUGAAGAACACCCCAUUGAAGUGGACAAGCUAUUGGGCGAUUCAGUUUUCGUGCCACUCAAGUCAGACGAUAAAUGCAAUUCCACAGAAUCGGAUGAUUUAUCUGCAGACCGGGAGAACACAACAAUAGUGCGGUUUAAUAAUCUUUUAGAAAUUCGUCAACUUUCUGAUAUCUAUGCAGAAGAGUCGGUCAUAGCCCGAUUAUCAUACAAUGCCUCUAUACGAGCCGAAGAGGCUAAAUUACGAGCUCUAAGCAAACUUAGCCUUAAACAAUUGGCAAAGGUUGCCAUAAUAUAUUGCAUCUUGUAUUUUGUUGGAAACUUCUGCUACCAGAAAGGGCUCUACGAGAAUGAGACGAACAUUGUCAAUGUUAUGUCUUCUGCAACUUGUCUCUUCACCCUCAUAGGUUCAACUAUUUUCCCUAGUAAUAGUGCCGAUAGGUUUUCUUUGUCCAAAUUGACUGCAGUAACAUUUGGUAUGUGUGGUGUAGUUUUUGUUAGUUUAUCGGAUACAAAAAUUAAGAAUGGGAUUCCUGCAAGUGCUGUAUGGACCAUUGCCAGUGCAGUCUUUACUGCAAUAUAUUUGGUUGUGUUGAAAAAAAAAGCUGAUCAUGAAGACAAACUUGAUCUGCCUAUGUUUUUGGGUUUUGUUGGAUUCUUCAGUACGACGCUGUUGUGGCCUGGCUUCUUUAUUUUUCAUUAUAGUAAGUUGGAAUUAUUUGAGUGGCCAAGUGACAAACAAUGGAUGUUUUUGGCCAUUAGUGGAAUGGUAGGAACAGCUUUAACAGAAAUUCUUUGGAUAUGGGGUUGUUACCUAACAUCAUCCCUGAUGGGCACAUUAGCUACUAGCCUUCUCAUACCAUUCUCUAUGAUAGCAGAUAUGAUUUUGAAAGGGGUUUCCUACACGUGGAUGUUUUAUGUUGGAUCUAUACCAGUGUUUUUGUCAUUCUUUGCAUUGACUCUGCUAACAUACUAUGAAAACUGGGACCCUGUUAUGACAGCAAUAAAGAAAAUUCUACACUGUAUAUGUCGGCAUCGGCAGCUUAUUCCAAGAUUAUUAAUGUUUAAGCAAGUGAAUUCGUUAAAUUCGUUUGAAUGCGAGAAUUGGACAGAGAACAGGCUGAAAGUUUGAUAAAUGCUGGUGAUGUGAUUCCACAGAUAGACUCUUGAUGGAAACGAGUUUUCACUAACGUUAUUGUUAGUUAAACAUCAACAUAUUCUUCAAUUCUUAAUGAUGUAGAUGCAGUUUUCGUUUGAAAGACAAUAUACUAUUUCCUUCACGGAAUAAGGGGUGGGUGAAACGGUACAGGAGGGGCAGGGGAAUAUAUCCCCUCUUCUACUAUAAACAAUUUGUUCACUGACAUUGUCAAAAAAAAAAAAGUUUGUAAAGUAUUCCACUAAUUUAACAUAUCUGAUUGUUCAUGUUCAUCUUGUCGGUUGUUACAAUGUUUUGUUUUCUUAUGCAUGUGUGUGUGUGUGUGUGUGUGUGUGCGUGUGUGUUCUCUGAAGUAACUGAAAGGAGAAGAACAAUAAAUAUAAAGAACCAAAAUAUUUUCUUUACUCAAGGUAAAAAGAAGAAAAUUAAAACAGAAAUUGAGAGUGAGAGAGAGAGAAAGAGAGAGAGAGAGAGAGAGAGAUUCAUUGCAAUUCUUGUGGUCUUUGGAAAUCUUCACUGGUGGAGGUGAGUUACUCACACGAAUCUUCGGCUGUCUCCUUAUGUUGAAUUGAUAAACACAGUUUCAAUUUUUAUUUAAAUAAUCCUUGUCUUUGCUACCAUUCUCAUCUUCAUCAUCACUUAUUAUUAUUAUUAUUAUUAUUGAUGAUGAAGUGGCUGAAAUGGUAGGGCAGCAUCCUUCUGAAUACCUUGGUGUAUUUAGUUACCUGGAACAUCAUUUCUUUGAAUUAAAAUCUGAUCAGGAUUGACUUUUGCCUUCCAAGUCAAAAGCAAGUUCUAACUGAGUAAUGGAUUAGGCCUCCACAAUAGACAGCAACCCUCCACCACAAUUUUGUGGCCUCAUGCCAAAUUUUAUUAUUAUUAUAAUUAUUAUUAUUAUUAUUAUUAUUAUUAUUAAGGCUGCAAGCUGACAGACUCGUUAGCAUUCCAGGCAAAAAUGCUUAGAAGCAUUUCAUCCACCUUCAUGUUUUGAGUUCAAAUUCUGCCAAGGUCGACUUUGUCUUUCAUCUUUUUGGGGCUGUUAAAAAAAGGACCAGUUGAACACUGGGGUCAGUAUAAUUGACUUACACCCCCUCCUCCAAAAUUACUGGCCUUGUGCCAAAAUUUGAAACUAUUACUAUUACCAUCACCACCAUCACCAUCAUCAUUGUCAUUAUUAUUAUUAUUAUUAUUAUUGAGUGCAGUGUCCAGGUGAAGGUAGUUGACUGUCAACUGUUGGUUUCUAAUUUCGUGUGUUGUGUCUGGCGAACAAUGUUGUGCACCUGAGCAAGAUGGUUGUCUUCUGUUCAAAACCUCGUUUAUAGUUACGAAAUAAUCUCUAUUCUCAUUACUGUUUUCUGUUAAGUCUUCUUUGUGAACUGAAAGUAAAUUAUUUUUAUUUGUGUGUGUGUGUGUGUGUGUGCAUUGCACAAUAGACAGGUCCUGUCCUUCAAUAACGUCAGCUUUUGUGAAGCUAUUUGGAAUUGCUAAGUUCACUUUCUAUAAUUUUUUUUUUCUUUUUUUAAAUAUAUAAUAAAAAGUUUACUGAUUU